AUGCGUGAGUUCUGGUAUUCUGUUUUGGCUGGCUUCUGGCAGGAGUACGUGGCAAAGAAGUUGCAGUCCAAGUUCAGAAACGCCCGAAAGCGGUCCAGCAGCCCGGCAGUGAUUGCCUUUCGGCAGGAGCUCAACGCCAAGCGUCAGAAGCCGACCGUUAGCUCCAUCUCGAGAGGGUACAUGCCCACUGUGAAGAACUCGGCUAUCGUCGAUGAGGCUUAUAUCAAUCGCAUGCGCCGCGGAGAACGAGGAGGUGAACUGAUGGACCAGACAUUCCCCCGCCGGCGUCAAGAGAUCGGUGGCAGCCGUGGACCGGACGGCGGAACAAAUCGAUCGAAAAGCUGAGGGAUACCUAC